AUGGAUUCUCCCAAUUCCCUCUCCACUCCUAACAUCAAAGAUCGAGAUGAAUUCUCUGUUAGGCCCGUUUCACGGUGGCCGAUGGAAAACAAGCCGGCCUCGACCAUGCCGGUUCGACCUGCCGGUGUUAGGCCUUAUGUUAGGUCGAAAAUGCCUCGAUUGAGAUGGACAAAGGAUCUUCAUCACUGCUUCGUGCACGCUGUUGAACGACUCGGUGGAGAAGACAGAGCAACUCCAAAAAUGGUGAUGGAGUUGAUGAAUGUGAAGGGCUUAACAAUUACUCACGUGAAGAGUCACCUUCAGAUGUACAGAAGCACAAAGCAUGAACAGAUGUUACAAGAAGCAGCUGAAGCUGCGGGUAUGAACAUGAAGGUGCAAUCGACUCAUUCAAAUUGUUCACACAGUUCAGGUCCCUCCUAUUCCCAGCAAACAAACCACCAACAAUGUUACCGUCAGAGAUUCAUUAGUAACAACAUGAUCCACAAUGAAAAUCGCGGGAGUUGUUACGAUUUUGAGAUUGUCGCAAGAGCCUCCACCAGGCCAGCAAUAUGGCAAGAGCUCCAACAGAAAUCAGAUGAAAGGAACACUUUUCUGCCAUUGUCAUACUCCAAUGUAACAACACAAGGACAGGAACGUGGAUUCAAUGUUUCAACAUCUAUCAUGUUCAAGGAUUUUCUGGGCAGCUCCAAUUCUCAAGGCGGUGAGAUGAAACAAAUGUUAGCAGAAGUGCAGGAUGGUAAGAGUUUCAAGUGGCUUCCAAAUUCCUUGGCAGAAGAAUCUGAGGGUACUUUGCCUUUGAAAUUAGCUUUAGAAUCAUCCAUCUUCACAGACGGUGCCAAAGAUGUUUCUCUUGAGCUGACUCUUGGUUCAUCUGAAGAAAGUCUUGCACGAUGCUGGAUACAGUGCCACCUUGCCAGUAGCGUUCACAACGUGAAAUCUGGAGCCAAUCUGAUGCGAUACCAGCGUCGCUGCAAGAAGAUGAUGUUGUCAACAAGAUGCACGAUGAUUGGAGUUGCUUUUGUGAUCGAUGGUUGUGCAACGAGUUGGUGGUGCUGGGACUGGGAUUAA